UAAGUUCAAUGAUAUAUUUCGCAAAAUAAUAGUAUACAUGAUAAAUGGAUAGCAAGCACAAUUAGCAAUAAGUUGGCUUAAAGCGGCCCAUUAAGUAGUUGGGGGCAGUCAUUAAUAUCUUUAUUUCCCUCUCUGAGUUUCAAAACCCCUUCGAUCUUCCUCUAGCGAGCGCAGCCCUCAUUUCUUGGCACAAACCCUAGAAGAAUCCUCCGGCGGCAAUGUCUUUAUUUUGUGGAGCUUCGUCUACAGUGGCCACUCUUCCCUUCCGUGCGGUUAGAUCUCGGGUGACUCUCCAAACUGGUGCCCAGAGAGUGACUCUUGGUGGUGGUAGCCCUCAGUUCAGCCGCGCAUCAUCGCUGAUUUCACUCUCGAGGGGUUCGAAGCUAAGUGCUAUCACCGCCGACGAGAAUCUGGUUAGCGUCCUCGAAUCUCAAAUCGAAAGCGCCGUUGUUAAGGAGGCUCCUGAGGAAGACGAGUUCCCAGAAUGGUUUCCUUUCUACAUCGUUGAUGCCGACAAGGAUCGAGUUGUGUAUCUGGUGAGGAAGUUUGAGAAUGAAACCAUUUAUGUCCGGAUUGAACUUUCUCGUUCGUUAGGGGACGACAAAGAAAAAGAAGAGCCAAAGGAUCCUCAACCUGAAGUACUAACUGGUAUCCCUAUCUUCAUCAGUGUGAUCAAAGAUGACGAUGGUCCCUCUCUUGAGUUUAUAGCCAACGCUUACGUCCAUGAGAUUGUGAUUGAUGCUGUAUACGUUGAAUCACCCCUUGAACUUACGUGGCGCUACAAAGGACCUGACUUUGCUGACUUGGAUGAGAAUUUACAGAAGGCUUACCACAGGUUUUUGGAGAUCAGAGGGAUCAAGCCAAACAUCACUGAGUUUAUGGCUGAUUAUAUGGCCGACAAAGCCGGCAGAGAGCGUCUACAUUGGCUCAAUGAUGUCAAGUCCUUUCUUGACAUGUGAAACUUUUAGGUUUUGUUUCAACUCUUCCAAUGAAAACUUGUCACUUUUCAUUAGGAUUUAUCCAGAAAAAACCUAGCCAUUAAUUUUGUUCUUGAAAGACAAAUUCUAUUAUUAGUAAUACUUAUAUUUUUAUAUGUGA